AUAGAGCCUUGUAGGCAUUCACAAGCUGGAUGGAGACAGUUACUGCUGCCUAGAUAAAACCACAGCACACUUGACCAAAAUCUGGACGUACUGUAAUCUCUUUACACAUCAGCCAUGCCCCUCCACAAUCACACCGUCAAACAGGCCUGGACACAGGACAGUAGUCAAGAGGAUGAGGAUUCUGCUUCAGCACCACACCAGAAAGUUCAGAAGCCUAAGAAGAAGAAAGAGGAGACAAAUGGCACAACAGAAGCCAAACUGAAUACAAAAGAGGCCAAACCCAAAAAAACAAAGACCAAGAAAAGUGAAGAUAUAUCCGAAGACGACAGUCCUGCCAUCCAAAAUGGAAAGAAGGUGAAGAAAAAGAAACCAGAAAAAUUUCACUUCAACUUAUCCCAUUCAGGCACAGAUGACGAUGAUGAUGAUGACGAUGAUGAAGACACCCCCAAGAAAAAGACAAAGAAAAAGACGACAAAGGACAGCUCUCCAUCUGCAACUACUGCCAAAGAAAAGAAGUCUAAAUCUAAAGCGCCACGGUGUGGUUGA